CGCCGCACAACACAAAUCAGACAGUUCAACCACUGCACUCGCCAAAAAAGUAUGCAACCCUUCUGUGUUCAGGUUUACUUGUUGGUACUGUUUAUUCUCGAGCAUGUGAAUAUUGUCGGGUCUGCACCUUGCCAACAGACGACAAGAAUAAUGAGAUCCUCUCAGCAAAGAAUAUGCACGUGCAGUUGGUGGGGAAUUUGUACUCAUCAUGCCCGGGUGUGGCGGUAUUAUGGGGAAUAUAGAAAAACCUGCUGUAUUGGCCAUGGAGGACCAAACUGCCAACCUAUCUGUAGCAGCGGAUGUAAUGGCCGUGGAAACUGCAUAGCGCCUGAGGUAUGCAGUUGUAACAGCGGCUAUACAGGGAAUGCCUGUCAAUCUCCUGUGUGCAGUCCAAGCUGUGGCCGCCAAGGUAAAUGCAUACGACCGAACAUUUGUUCCUGCCACUAUGGUUACACCGGAAGACUCUGUAAUGCCCCCAUUUGCGAUCCUCCUUGUGAGCAUGGUGGUACUUGUACCAGGCCAUACACAUGUAGCUGCCCUGUGGGUAGAUUCACAGGCCCCAACUGUGAUAAACCUAUUUGUAGCCCUCUUUGUUUGAACGGCGGCACGUGUUUAGACUCACGAACCUGUCAGUGUCCGUCUACCUUUACUGGGAUUGACUGUGGAACACCUGUCUGCAGGCCACCAUGUCAAAACGGAGGAAUCUGCAUAUCACCUGACACGUGUUCCUGUGACGAAACAUAUACUGGAGAACACUGCGAGACCCCUCUUUGUUCCUAUCACUCUCCUUGUUUUCCGGGAACAUGUGCUGACACCGUAACCUGCCAAUGCCACGAUGGUUUCAGCGGUCUAAUUGGAAACCAAAGAUGUCGAACAAUGACAUUAGGAAACAGUCCUAUUAUCACCCAGUGUACGUCUAUAUUGGCCAAUAUUGACAGAACAGGCCAGAAGAUUGAAAAAUACCGAUUUGUUACUGACUCGUCUCAGCCAAACUCCACUAGAGUAGACACAAUGUGGGUCAACCAAAAGGACUAUAACUACAUCAAUGUAGAGUUUGCCGCUUUGUCUACAUCUCUAGAGAACAUCGUGAAACCACACUAUGUAACAGGUUUUAAAUUUGGAAUUGUAUCGGGGAAAAUUCAAAUCGAUCUUCAAAAAGUAGAUAGAAAUGAUCCGAAUCAGCCAUUUGUCAGCCAAAACGAAACACAGAAUUGCAGAUAUCAGCCAGGCUCUUCAAAUCCGAACGACGAUGUCUUUCACUGCAACUUCACGGACGAGAAUUUUGACAGACUCUUGGAAAACGGAGACAAUUUGACGUUAACGGUCAUCGCUAAAAACGGCGGAUUUCGGAAACUAAAAACUCCAACUGGAUAUACACAGGAUUAUUUCUACGGUCAACCUUCUACAAAAUCGACCAUGUUUCGUUUUGACUUUAUCAAACCAUAUCAUUGUCUCCUGGAUAAACCUCAUCCUUGUUCUUCAAAAGCACUAGACGUAACAGAAGAUAUAACAAAGUCUCCCAUUCAAUUUUAUUGGAACAACUGGAUAGAUAAACUUUCUGGAAUACAUGGAUACAAAUUGCAAGUCUUUUUGCUGAAAUCAAACGUAUCAACUCUUACAGAACCACUGCCUUGGAACCCGGAUGAAGAAAUAUCUUUUAAUAAAAGUGAAUCAGGCUAUUCUUAUGUCCCAAAGCAGAGUGGGAUGUUUUCGUUUAUUUUGAAUGUCAUAGAUAAUGCUAAUAAUACAAAAUAUGCGCGGACAUUAGUACUCUAUGACCCGUCGUCGAAUGUUACUGUGUCUUCGACUCCAUUUUUUGCGACAACAGCAGAAAAAGAAACAAAUUAUAGGUGGCAAAAAUCUCUUAAUAGUAGUAUAACAAUUUCGUGGAAGGGACAUUUCCAAAACAAAUUUCAUCAUGACAGAGGACUUUUGAAUCCAGUUGCCCGAUAUUUGCACUAUGAUUUCAUGGCAAAAUACGAGAAACAAGUUCCUUUAGAGCUGGAUGAUAAAACAGGUAACAGGACUUUACAAAGAAUUCCAAAUGUGUUUGGUAUAGUCAAAUUUGAAUAUAACUUCAGAAAUAGUAACCAAGGAAACACAACGCCGGUCGCCUGGAUCCCUGUAAGCGAAGCUUUCUCAGAAAAUCAAACAUUCUAUAUCGGAAGAAGAGAUGGAGAUACUAUAAACUUUUGGGUCAAAGCCACUGACGUGCUUGGCAAUCACAGAAUCGACAUGACACAAAUAUCCUUCGACUCAAGUCCUCCCGAGGACUUGAGAAAGGCUGAUGUCAUUUUCCAACGAAAUGUUAAAGCAACCAAUUUUAGUUUUUCCAGCCGGCUUCUAGUAGACACAUAUGACAGAGAUAGUGGUAUCCAUAAAAUUAAAUGGGAAUUGAUAGCAAACAACAGCAAUAUGGUGUUUAGAAGUGGCGAGAUUCCAGGAAACAAAACAAAUAAGGACCUUGGGCCAAAGCUUGGAUAUAAAAUUCCAAAGGGGGACUUUUAUUAUUACACGCAUUAUCUCGAUAUCAACAACUGCUGGAUGGUUGUUUCAAAAGAAAAGUUUGCAACUGAGUUCGUUUUGUUAAAGUUGACUGUUUUCAACAUGGCGAUGGAACACACCCAGUAUAACAUGACAAUAACAGAUUUGGCCUCACUUGAUGGAAUGGAUGAAUAUUCUGGACCAAUAAAUCUCACAAUAGCUGCUACGUACGACAACGGUGUCCGUCUAAAGUGGGUGCUGCCCCCUACAUGUUAUGAAAGGACAACCAUUAUUGUGGAGUCAUCGUCUAUAAAUGGUCGGCAUCUAACAUGGAGUGUCGACAAGAACGCAGACUGGUUUGACUUGACUGGAUUGGACCCGGAGACGAAUUACAAUCUGUCGUUUAUUACGAAGUAUGGAAGUCAGAUGAGUGAUCCUGUUGUAUUGCAGUUCCGUACAAUAGCCUCCCCUGCUGCUCUUACAGGAGGAGCCAUCGCAGGAAUAAGCAUCGCAUUCCUGAUUCUCCUUGCGAUCAUUGUUGCCAUGGUCGUUCUCUGGAGACUUGGGCGACUAUCCGUAAUCAAAGAAGAUAUACAGAGACGGGCCACUGUGGUCCGAAAGAACAUUGCUAAUCGCUUUUCAGCUGCACAUAUAAAUGAAACUUAUGGAUGUGACGAUAUAUAUGUUUAUGGCCAAAUGGAGUUUAACGAGACAGACAGCAAGUUUAUUUCGAGUAAUGAUAUUGUUCUUGACGUCAUGUUGACGAGUGGAAGAUUUGCAGACAUUUAUAAGGCUCGAUACCUACCCCACAACAACAAAGCAAAACAAAAUGUCAUCGCUAAAACUCUCAAAAGUGGAUACAGUGAAGAAAACUUGCUGAUGAUGAAAGCAAAAAUCAAUUUCUUUGCCAAAGAAGUGGGAGACCAUCCUAACAUUAUCAGUUUUAUCGGCGCUGUACUUGACAAUGAUGCCUUUGGGCCGUAUAUGGUUCUCGAAUAUUGCCAAAAUGGUCAACUUAGAGACUGGCUGUUGCAACAAAAGAAUAAAUCAACAGAGGAAACAGUAGAACUGCUUUACCGAAUAUCUUACGGAAUUUCAAAAGGAAUGUACUACCUUGAAAUCAAAAAGUUGCUCCAUAAAAGAUUAGCUGCCAGGAACGUGUUGUUGAACGCAGAGUUGGAGCCAAAAAUUUCAGGGUUUGGCCCUGAACCACCACAACCUGAAAACAACGAAAGAGAUGGUGAUGCUGAAGAAAAGGAACGUAUUCCAGUGAAAUGGACAGCCCCGGAAUGUCUCUCUUCCAUGAAGUUUGCGACUUCCAAAAGUGAUGUGUGGUCCUUUGGGAUCGUUUUGUGGGAAAUAUUUAGUUUGGGAGACACUCCUUAUCCUGGAAUACGCAGUAGAGAUUUGAUUUCUCUCGUAAAAAAUGGCCAAAGAAUGAAAAGACCAGAAUUUGCAAAUGAUUUCUACUAUGGGGUCAUGGCGAAAUGUUGGAGAGGUAAGCCAAAACAGAGACCGAGCUUCAAAGACAUUUCGACGGAUAUUGGAAAAACCUUCAACGUAGCACCAUCGGACGAAUACUACUACUACUCGGAAAAAUAACUGUAUGAUAGAAAAAAUUGAUGUUUCAAUACAAGUAACACGAAAGCAGAGAAAUAAACUUUCGCAAGAAUUAGUCUUGGCAAACAGGGAUUUUUUUAGCUGUAAAAGAAAACUCAAUUAUAUAAUAGUCAAUCAUUUGAAAUUUGUUUUU